AUGGGUUCGAGAGAUGAAAAAGACACCACACCAAAAAUAUAUCUAUCUUUGGAAACGUUACACCAAUCUGUGUGUACUAAGCCGGAGCAUAUCCAACAUUCGGAACUACUCAGCGCUCAUGCGACUGCCAAGGGAAGGGAUUCUACAGCCGUGGGAGGUUUCUUCUUGCGAUGGCCUCAUAUCCAACCAUCAGAACUAUUGGAUCCAUUGACAACUCCAAGCGGGAAAUUAGCGGCCUUCUUUGUACACGUCGCGCAUGAGACAGGAAAAAAUGGAGAGCAAUCGAAGCCCUAUUGCGACCCAACAUAUUCAAAAUGGUUGUGUGCGGCCAACAAGCACUACUACGGCCGGGGACCGUUAAAGCUGACGUGGAACUACAACUAUGGUGUGGCCAGCCGCGCCAUAGGGUUCAAUUUACUAAAAAACCCCGAGCUCGUUGCCACAAAUGCCCUUGUAUCAAUCAAGGCUUCCAUAUGGUUUUGGAUGGAAAACUGCCACGGCCCUUUCAUAUCGGGCAAGGGCUUUGGUGCCACGAUCCGUGCUAUUAAUAGCACUGAAUGCGAUGGGAAGAGGACCACCCAAGUGAGCUCUCGAGUCAAGUACUACGAAGAUUAUUGUAAGCAGUUGCGGUGUUGA